AAACUAAAAGUUAAAAUUAAUAUGUUAAUAAAUAAAUAGCUUUUGUACACAACAUUUUUAAAUAAUCAAGAAUUUUCCCGAUUUAUGUAUACUUUAUGGGUCAAUACAAACAUAGCAACCACUAAAUAACCUUAAAAAAUCAUCUAAAAAUGAGCAAAAUUCCUUUAAAUUUCACGGAAGAAGACGAAGAUCUUAAAGCACUCUUUAGUAAACCAGCCCCUGUAUAUGAAGAUGACGCCAUACCAAGGAGUGCUUUGGCAAGUCGGAGACUUAAUUCUUCAAUGCGAUUGGGACUCUCAACUGGGUAUCAACGUCAAGGUACCGCAAUUUUACCAGUUAAACCUGGAACAGCCGGGUUUAGGCCCAUGACAUCCGAUAAUGUUAAUAGACCAAUGACCGCUGUGCGAGGUGCUGGAUACACAUCACAAAAACCUCUAUUUGAUCCACUAAAUCAAGAGGCGUUAAUAACUUCACCUACGGAAUUACAAAAAGAUGAUAGCCCAGAAGGAAAAGUGCGCAUUCAAGAAGAAAAAAUAAUGCAACUUGUUGAAGAAUCCUGCGUUGCUAGCGGCGAAGGAAAUUUUCAAUUAGGAUUAUCAAAAGCUAAGGAAGCUUCUAAUAAAGAAAGAAAUUUGAUUAGAAUACAAGAACAAGCCGGAUUAAGUGAUCAUCACAAUAUGGAUCUCACAUACUCAGUUUUAUUCACUUUAGCAAAUCAAUACACAAAUAAUGAAUUAUAUAGUGAAGCUUUAAGCACUUAUCAAAUGAUCACAAAGAAUAGAAUGUUUACAAAUGCUUAUCGAUUAAAAGUUAAUAUGGGUAACAUUUAUUAUAAACAAGGACAACAUCACAAAGCUAUUAAAAUGUAUCGAAUGGCGUUAGAUCAAGUUCCAUCAACCCAAAAAAAAUUAAGAAUAAAAAUUAUGCAUAAUAUAAGCAUGGUUUUCGUUGAAAUGAAUCAAUUUGAAGAAGCUGUAACUGGUUUGGAGUACAUUAUGAAUGAAGAACCCAAUCAUAAAGCUGGAUUACAUCUUGUUUUAUGUUGUCGAGCGUUGGAGGAUAAAGAAAGGAUGAAAAUGGCUUUUUCUCUUUUAUUAGCGAUACCAUUAGAUGUUGAAGAUGAAGAAAAAUAUAACUUAGAGCAGGAUAAUGCUGAAGAUGUAAUGAUAGCAUCAGCAAUACAAAAUGAUCCUCUACACAUUUAUGAAAAAGAUAGACGAACAGAAGCCGAAACAAGUAUUUUAACAGCAGCUAAAUUAAUAGCUCCUUUAAUAGAAUCAUCAUUUGGUGUUGGAUAUGAUUGGUGCGUUGAAGUAGUUAAAAAUUCCGAAUACGCUAAACUUGCUGGGGAUUUAGAAAUAAACAAAGCUGUGGUUUAUUUAAAACAAGGACAAUUAAACGAUGCCAUUGAAACAUUGAAAGUUUUGGAUAAAGAGCAAGCGAUUGCAACAAGUGCUGCUAUUAAUCUUAGUUUUAUUUAUUAUUUACAAGGUGAUUAUGAAAAUGCUGAAAAAUAUGGUAACAUUGUAAAACAAGGAGAUGGUUAUAACGCUGGAGGUUUUGUUAAUUUAGGAGCUUGCGCUUUGACUAAAGGAAAACUUGAGGACGCUAAAAAUUAUUUUUUAAAUGCCUUAGAAUGUGACCCUUCAAACGUAGAAGGACUUUAUAACCUCGGGCUUUGUUUAAAACAUCAAGGAUAUUACGAAGCUUCUUUAGAGUGUUUCCAAAAAUUUACAGGUUCUUUAUCACUUCUACCUGAAGUUGUUUAUCAAAUAGCAUGCCUUUUUGAAAGACUUGGUGAUACUGAAGCUGCUUCUGAAGCUUAUCAACAAUUAUUAGGAUUAAUACCGGCUGAUGCGGGCGCUAUACAAAAAUUAGGCGAAUUAUUUGAUGGGGAAGGUGAUAAACAACAAGCUCAUCAUUACCAUUAUGAUGCGUUUAGAUAUUAUCCCGGAAAUUUAUCAGUAAUCGAUUGGUUAGGUUCUUAUUACAUAGAAAUGCAAGUCGUUGAAAAAGCUUUGGUUUAUUUUGAAAAAGCGGCUCAAAUGCAACCGGGAAAUCCUAAAUGGCAUAUGAUGGUUGCUGGGUGUCAUCGGAGAAGUGGCAAUCUCCAUAAAGCUUUAAUACUUUAUCAGGAAAUUCAUAAAAUGUUCCCUGAAAAUUCAGAGUGUUUAAGGUUUUUGGUUAGGCUUUGUAGUGAUUUGGGGAUGAGAGAAGCUCAAGAUUAUGCGCUUGAAUUAAAGAAGUUAGAGAAAGUUAAAGAAGUUAGAGAAAGAGUUUCUAGUAGUCGACCAGGUUCUAUAAGAAGCGGAAGUAGCCUAUCUUCGCGUGGAGGAUCAGGUUUUAGUACUGUUCAUGAAAAUGUUCGAUUAGAAUCAAGCGCUAAAAGAACAGGACGUUUAGUGCAACUUCAUGAUAGUGCCGGAAGUGGAGAUUCUGGUUUUGGACAACCAAUAAUAGAUGCUCAUUAUAGCGAUCCAUUAGGACCUUUACCACAAAGACCAAGAACUGGAUUUGAAAAACCAGCCGAAUAUGAUGAUUUUGGUGAUGAGCAAUUAGGCGAUGAUUUAUUACCGGAAUAAAAUUAAGAAAAAAAGGUGAAAUAAUACGUUUUUGGAAUUUACCUUUAUAAUUACGUAUAAAUAAAUAAAAAUAUAGAUUAUUAUUAUUAGCAAAU